AUGUGGUCAUUUAUGGAAAAGAAUCCGUCAGUAUUUGUAUCGGAAUAUUCUGAGGGAAUGAAACGUGUAUUGGAGGGCGACUAUGCCUUCCUCAUGGAAUCGACAAUGUUGGACUAUAUGGUGCAGAGAGACUGCAAUUUGACUCAAAUCGGAGGACUUCUCGACAAUAAAGGCUACGGAAUCGCGACGCCUAUGGAUAAUUCGAUGGAUAUAUAA